GGCCUGAAAGCUCGUUCUUCCCCACUAUUUCAUGUCCACUGUUGGUAAAGGCAACAAUGACAAAUUGGAGCGAUCCUGAAGUCAUCGCAGCCCAGAACGCCGCGUUCGUGAAGCUAGUUCACGCUUUCGUGGGGUUAUACUUUUGGGAAUUCAUCAUUUCAAUUGAUUUCGACUUGAGCUUCAUCUCAGGCAAAAGAAAAUUCAGAUGGCCAAUGGCGUUUUACUUCCUUAACCGGUAUUUCAUGCUGGCGACUUUCAUCUGUCUCCUGUACUCUCUGGACGUCCCUCCGACACUUGAAAUAAGUUGUCGCCCACUCUACAUUUUCAUGCAGUUGGGUGGUAACAUGUCGGCUGGCUUUGCUAGCAUAAAUCUGGCCUUGCGCACGAUGGCCAUCUGGAACCAAUCAAAAUAUAUCGUCAUUCCUUUAGUCGUCUUGAUUCUCGGACAUUGGUCUCUCAUCCUCCAGGGUGGUAACUUGAACGCGGUCUGGGUCGCUGGUCAGGGUUGCGUUAUCGAGUCCACUGGCAACAAGAUCUUCGCGGCUCAAUUCAUUUACACGAUGUGCUUCGACUUAAUCGUUCUGGUGCUAGCAGGAUGGAGGCUGGCUGGUCCGAAUGGAUCACAAUCACGGAUCGGUAACCUGUUAUUCAGAGAUGGUCUGGCGUACUUCGUGCUUGCGUUGAUUGGCAACAUUGUUGUCAGCGUCUUUGAGAUAUUGAACUUGAAUCCGGUAAUGAACGUCAUGUUCAACGUACCGUCGAUUAUGAUUGCCACGAUCGCUGCUACUCGCGCGGUACGCAACUUACAACAACAUGUCUCCAGGGGACCGGAGGUGUUCUCUGGGAAGCAACCUUCGUCCUCCUCAGGUCUGCACUUCAACGCUCAUCCUGCUAUCUCCCUCCAACACAACCGACGAGCGGACGGCGUUCACGUGCAGAUGGAAACAUUUACCGCUGGAGAUGGAAUCGAUGGUACUCACGACAGUAUGCGUAAGAAGAACUUGGAUGUCUGAUUGUGUUAUACUCGUUCGCCGUAUUGGAGGCCUGCUACCCCGUGAGCAGAGGUAGAUCAACAUUCCUUAUCAUCAGCACCUGCGUCAGCAUUCUAUUCCACAAUAUACAUGCCUGAAUAGGUCCUGACAGCUGUAGCAUAAGACUGCACGAAGUCCUUGAUCUUCAGAAAGAUGAACGCGGUCAACUAAUGACCCCUCAAAGAAUAUGGUCCAGUAGACAUGGUGAUUACACGAGGUGUCUCAUCCUUGUCUUCUUCAUACCUCAGAUUAUGACUUUAGCAUGUUCUCGAACCAAAGCUUGGAAAAUAAAUAAAACUUUGCGAUUUCAGG